ACCCUCCUUCUAUUACUCUGCCGCCUGGCUUCGCGGCGCCUCAUUCACUAGAAGAUGGCGGACUGCGCUUCACUAUUAGAUGAGGAACUCUCGUCCUUCGUCUUCAAUUACCUGACAGAGAAUCCCGACAGCCAGUAUGGGGAGGAGGAGGUGUGCUCAGACCGCCUGGACACCGACUUUGCCGACAUUGACCUCUCGCAGCUGGACACCAGCGACUUUGACAGUGUCAACUGCCUCAGCGAACUGCAGUGGUGCAGUGAUCAGGCAGCGGAUGCGUCGCCGGCCUCCAUCCGAUACAGCACACCCGACGAGCUUUUUGAGAUUGAAGAGGAAAACGCGGCGCUGCUGGCCGCUCUGACGGACAGCCUCGACGGCAUGGUAGACGCAGAGGUGGGCGGCCUCUCUGUCUUCCCCGCUCUGGGGGAGGACGAGCCUGAACAGGACGAGGAUGACCACGACCAUCUUCAUCAUCUUUCUGUUGGCGCAAAACACAUCAAAUGCUCGCAGGACACCGAGGACCCUUCUCUGCUGAAGAUCUUGCUGCUCACUCCGCCCAAUGUGCCUGUGGGCAAAGAUAGCGUCCAUGGGCAUCGCUAUAGAAACAGAGGAUUACACUCACGGACGGUCCGGCCUCCAGUUAAGAUGGAUGCUUCUCAGGUGUGGAAGCCACGCGCCGUGCGUCCGGCGGGCCGCCUGUGCACCGAGCUCCAUCGCCAUCUCACCAUAUCCCGGCGGGACGCCAAGGAGCCCCCAACUGCAGAUCCGGAGGACGAAGAGGAAGAGGAGGAGGAUGAAGACGAUGAGGACAGCGAAUCAGAGGAGGACGAUGAUGAGGAAGAAGAGUCUUCUGGUAGUGAGGUAGAGGCAAGGCAAAUCAAGGCCCCUGCCGAGCCUGUCAAACCUCAAUUCACCUCGGAAAAAGAACUCCGCUCUGUAGUGGAGCUUAUCACCUACAUGCACACAUACUGCAUGCCUGUGCGCAAGCAGCAGGGUCUGGACCGUAAGGACCCGCCCAGGCCUCGAGCUCGACCCGAUGCCGCCCGCCCGUCAGUAACAAACUCUCACAGCCGGCUGGUCCUGGUGGCACCCUCAGCGAGCAGUGGGCCAGGGUAUGAGCCCCGGAGACCUCCCUUCGCGAGGCGGAGGCAGUUGAAAACCAACUCCCUUCUCCGUGAUCUCCUGCAGCAGAGUAGCUCCUUUGAUGUGAGCAAGCCUUAUGGAUUGCACAGUCCACCGUACACUCAAGCAGGACCAGGAUCUCCGCCUUCCAACCGACCACCUGGCACUGUCACCACUAAACCAGAUCUUUGUAAGGACCCUUCCUUGCCCGCAAGGAGAAACCACCCCUAUGAGGCGCUGCAAAGCCCUAUGGAAGACAGUGGCUCGUUCUCAGUUCGCCGCUCCAGGCGUCUGGCUUCCUUCCCCAGCCGCUUUGCCAAGAGGCUGCGGCCCGGGCAGAUGAGGGAGGGUGACUGGAGGGAGGAACGGGAUAACGGGCAGGCGGGAGGCAAGCUCUCGCCAACUCAAGCGGGAGGAGGGACAACGACAGAGGCAGGAAUGCAAGGUGACACAACAGAGAUGACCAAAACCUGCUGCCACAACGAGAAGCGAGCCUGCCUGUGUCUGCCUCUCAACACCAGCAAGUCCACAGGAGAGUUCAGCAGCAAGACUUUUGAGCAGACGCUCGGCGUGGAUCUGUGUGGAACUGCAGGUCUGACGCCUCCCACCACACCGCCUCACAAGCCGGUGGAGGACGACCUCUUCAAGCCAACCGAGGCCAGAAAGGAUGGCGAAAGAAACAGUGACGCGUCUGUCCACUCAUCCGUCCACUCCUCCGCCAGCGUUGUCGGCGGCCUCCGAGCAUCCUGGCUGAGCCGCACACAUCAGCGUAAGUUACCGGAGCAGACAGAGCUGUAUGCCCAGCUGCGGCGCAUGGGUCAGGCCGGAGACAACGACGCCUGCCGUGGCUUCGGCGACCACGACUAUUGUGUGCUGAGCCUCGGAGAAUCCCGCAAGCGCAGCGUUGCCAUGCUGAGCACCAUACUGCAGGGGGUUGGAGAACACCAACUCAGUGAUGCAGCGCCGGAAAAUGGCAUCCAGUCCAAUGUCGGCGAGCCAAUGACAUCAUCACAACCCCCGUCUGACUGCCAGUCAGUGGCCACCACACCCCCUGUCUCAGAAGAAGAGGGCUCUGCGGUGUCCCGCUCGCCCUCACCGACCCUCCACGUUUGUUCUGACUCCACCGCCAGCAAGGGAAACUCCAGUGAACACUCUGAGAUAUGCCCAGACGACGAGCAGAGGAACAAAGCCAAAUCUGACGAGGAGAACUGUCAGGUGUUCUACAUCCACAACCUGCCCAGCAGCAUGACCCAGAACAUGUUGAGGAAGCGCUUCCAGGUCUUUGGCACAGCCGAGGACUGCAAAGUCAUCAUCUGUAAUGAGGAGCGCUGCGGCGUCAUAAAGAUUCGCCAGUCCGGCAUCCAGCGGCACCGGCGGGAGCGUGAGAAUGUUUUCCAGAGCGCAACUAUUAGUGGGAGGAGACUGACGAGGAAGCGUUACAUCGACCUUGACGAGGCAGGUCCAGGUCCAGUCAAGAGCAAGUACGACGCGCUAGACUUUGAUACGUUGCUGAAGGAGGCCCAGAAGUCGGUGCACCACCGCUGACUGUCCCACUGCGCUGAACCCAAGCUGCGCCGCGACUGUCCCGCCUUAUUAAAUGCCACACCACGGCAGCAGAAAAAAAAAGCGGUACACACCUCUCCACACAAAAUGUUUACAUUUUUAAAAGGAGUGGACGAGAUCGUUUUUUGAGGGGAGGAGGCAAAAGCGGUUACUUUGUAAUAGCUACGAGACCAGCCGCAGCGCUACGUCCUGCCGAGAGACCUCCGUAGCAAAUCUUUGUUGCGUGUGUGCGUGUUUGUUUAUGUGUUUCUGUGUGAAAAAAAAUUCAGGUGGUGCGCGGCGUCCUAUCGCCAGAAAAAAAAUACAAAAGUAAUAAACUAUGUGUGUGGUUGUUCAAAAAAACGGAAAAAAAGAUACCCACUUUGUUGGAUGUUCUACAUGGAAAAAAACCCUGUGGUGUGUGCAAAGAGUAUAACGUUCAAUGUAAAAAGGUGGACAAAAGUUUACAAAAAUGAAGAUUUUCUUUCUUGUUUUGUAAUUGUAGUGCUUCCUUGAUUUGAUCUAUGCACUGUUGGGAAGUUUUUUUUCUGCUUUAUCCCGCUGUCACUGUCAACGCUAAAUCCCCAAACCCUGUUUUUUUUUCAGAGGCGCCCUCUACUGGCCCGCGUUUGUUUAGCGACAUGGAUAGCGCGAAAUGCUUUGUGGGAAUGUUUCACCUGAAAAUUAGGAGGCGAAUGUUAGCCUGGAUAAGUCAGCAUUUGUUUUCUGUUAAUCAGGAUAUUAAAUGGUUUUCAGUCUUAGUUUUAGCCAGCAAAUAAAAUCACACAGCACACCUCUAUUUUCUAGUGGUAAAAGGCCAGUAAUGCUAGCUUUCGCUAUUAGCCCACAACACGCCUGUUGUAUGUACAUCCCUUGACAUUAGCUUUAGUUGUCUAGCAUGAUUAUAGUACACGUUCCUUGGUGUUAGCUCUAUGUUCUUGAUCUUGAAAUGUUAGCGUUCGCUGUAGCCAGCUAGCCCAGCCACACAGCACCUUAUUUUUAAAUCCACUGUUAGCCAUCCAGCAUGACCACAAAGCACCUCUUUUGUCUAUAUUUAGCUUUAUCCUCCAAGCAAAGACAAUAUUACUCAUUUAUUGUACACAGUUAGAUUUAGCCAGCUAAAAUAUCUCCAGUGCACCUCUGUUUCAUACUCUCAACAUCAGCAUUGGCCAACUAGCGCAAAUUAAACACAUCUCUAUUUUUUUACUGUUUGCUUUCGCCUGCUAACAAAACCACAUAGCCCCUCCAUUUUGUAGCGCUAAAUUUAGCUAGCAAGCAUGGCCACAGUGCGCCUAUUAUUUACAUACACUGUUAAAUGUGAAUGUUCAAUACCACUAUUUUUCAGACAGAAACCAGUAGGAGUAUUCACUCUUGAAUACUCACCAAUUCUGAUACCAAGUACCAAACAAGUAUUUUAAUACUUUUAUUGCGUUACAUAUACACGGCAUACCUAUUUCAAAUACAAUUUUAGUUUUAGCUUUAGCCAGCUAGCCGGUUUAAUUAAACAAUCAGUAAGGGUGGAGCAUUCCCACAUUGAAGGCGGCGGACUGGUCUGUCUGCCGAUGCAACGUGUAUUGUUUACAUUUAAAUUGCAGCCUGUGUCGUUCAAUGGGGGGGGGGGGCGAAUAUGGUUGUGGCAGUGGUUCCAUUACAACAAAUGUCCCAGUCCCCUCAAAAUAUCCAUAGUGACUAAUGUUGGUUAGAUCUGAUGGAAUGUAUCUGUCACGAUGAAUGUAAACAUUCCCUUUAGCGGCAGUUGGUUGCACCCAACCUGGCCAGUAGGAGGCACUGAAAAAAAAGGAAGGGAGCAUUGGAAUUUAGCAAGAAAAUGACACGGAUGGUGUCAGGAGCAUCUCUACCUCACGUCCAUGCGCCGAUGCUCUCCCCGCCGCCAUCCUGCUAUCCCAUAAGGGUUCAUUCUCUAAAGCCUCUUCUGCACGCCACCAUGUUUGUAGCUCAUCAGCAAGCUUUGCAAAAGCUUGUUAACAAUCCUGAUGAUUUGAAUCGAGGGUGCUGCAGUAGGGAUACAUUUAAAACAGGCUAGAUAGGGGUUCUCGAGGGACCGGCCUUGGGCAGCCCUGUCUUAGAAAGAUUAAAUCUAGCCUCCGUUUUGACAUCCAGCCUGACCACAGCCUGACCUGACCUCUGCUUCACAAAUCUGCCACUGGUUGAAGCCUCUACUCCAAAAAUGGUGGCGUGUAGAAGGCUUUAGUUCUGAGCACUUCCUCUCCUCGUCAAACUGAGACACAGCUUUGUGCGGGUUCAAGGCCUUGAUUUUCCGGGUCCUUCCACUGCUUAUCAACUCACACACAGGCACACACAAGUACGUUGAAUGUUUACAUCAUGGUUUACAUAAAUCUCUAAUAUAAAACACCAUACUAGCUCUCGAGCGAGAGAGAGAGAGAGCGAGAGAGAGAGAAAGAAAGAGAGAGAGAGAGAUGUGUGUAUGGCUAAAUGUGUACAUAGCACUAAAAAUCUUACAUAUAAUUUUGGCGGCAGCAGGAUUUGGAGGGAACUUUGACAUAACUUGACACACAAAGUCCGGCACUGUGUAAAAAAAGAGCAGUGCAUGAAAAAUCCCUUUAGAUUAUCACAUUUGUUCAGUUUUGCUUUUAAUCAUAUUAUUAGAUGCAAUACGUGAGAAUGGUCACUGAGUCAUCAAGACGAAUGUGAUCGACGUGUA